GCAUUGUCUCCUUAUUUUCAGCUGCCCGAGAGACUGUACGUACGAAACUGCUCUAAUAUUUUUUUACAGGAUUUGCAAUGUGUUUAACGAACUUUGACCCAAUUAACGCUGUGUUUGAUAAUGAAAUAAUUCUGGACAAGAUUUUGAACAAUGUAUCGAAAGAUGUUUUUCCCUUGAUACCGUUAAGGGUAUGGAUUUGUAUUUCGAGUUCAACUUGUUGAAGAAAAUAUUCAAUACACUCAACAAAAUAGAAUGCCAAUCAAUUGAUUAAAUGCUUCCGUUGUUAACCUUUUUCAAUUACGUGCCUUUAUAUAUUUUAUUACUUUCAAUUUAUUCAUAAAUAUAAACGUAUUU